AUGGAUUCUUUCAGCAAGCUGCCAGCAGAGCUCCAGGUAGAGAUCAUGGUACAGAUCCGUUCCAGACGUACUAAUCUGCAGUUCAUCCAAGCUUCGCCUGUGAUGCUUCAACAGUACAUCAAAUCAAAACAUACGAUCUCCCGGAAGGUGCUUGCCUUAGACCUCGAUGAUGAGAUGGUUCAAGAUGCCAUUGCGAUCGUUCUUUUUCCUUCACAACUUGAGUCAGGCGAGUUGGAGAUUUCGCCUCUCCGCCUCUGUCGCUCUUGGGCAGCACAAAAGCUCCCAAAUCCAUUACGCAAACACAAUGAUCGAUUAAUCGGCAAACUCCACAAACUACAUGGGCGACUCAUACUCUUCAUUGAAGACUACAUAACCAAGGCUAUUGCCGUCUUCCCGCCUCGGGAGUAUGUUUGUCUUCCUGAUUUAUCAUCGAUCAGUGGACAGUUGAUAUUCAAGGGCCAGAAACUCAAAGGCAGUGCCAGAUUCGACGCAGCUAACCUUACGUGGCUGGAAAGAAGACGACUAUUGAGAGCUUUUUUUCGCUAUCAACUGAUAUCGCUGAUUAAUCGACAACAAUUGAAAAUUAAAGGGCCAUGGAAAAUGAAACUACACCAGUACAAAGGCAAAUGUUUCAACCGAAUAGACCGAGAGGGCAUUAUUUGCGUACAAACAUAUGUAGAGUCCCUUUACGGGGCUAUCUUCGCUCAGGUUAGCGACAGCUGGUUGCCAGAAAAUAUUCUGGAUCCUUCUCCGACUCUUAAUCCCGGUCUGCUAUACCCAGACAACCUUUGCGUCAACCCUAACGACUAUGUCUCUGAUUUCGGCUGGGACUGUGACAUCCUUCCAAUUGCAUCACGCCUAGCUGGAUUUGGCUUGGAUCUCGUCACCAUACUUAUCCGAUAUGCCACAGCCGGGUCUUCUAGGCGGUUACAGCUCGACCAGUGGCUCCAGUGUAAACGCCCAGGGAAUGAAUCAGAGUUUUAUUUCACAUGGUCCGAAUACCAUCCUAUGUAUGGAACCAGCAUUCAAGGAUGGUACGUUGAGGAAGAUGAUUAUACGGAAAGCUACAAUUUUGACGUGGAAAGUGACUCAGAAGAAGAGAGUUACGUAAAUUUCACUCUAAAGAAUGACGACUUUAUAGAAGGAAGCAUGGAGGAAGUGGAAGACCCAGAGCCCGCUUUGUAUCGAGUAAUUUACUCUGGGAUUUCGGAGUUCUCCCAAAUACACAAAACAAUGUACCGACAACGAGCCUGGGUAUUUUUUGAGGAUAGUAGACUCUACCCAUCGUCUAACGCGAAGCCGCAUCUUCCAACAACAAAAGAGUUCGAACAAGAACAGUUAAACGGCCAAGAGUUCAAUAACACAUGGUUCUCAGAUCUCAAACGCGCAAGACGCCAGCGUCGAUCGCAGACAUGGCAUGACAGGCAGCGUGCGAAGUCUUUUGGUCAUAGAAAGACUGAAGACCUUCGAGAACCAGAUGUGAAAAAAGAGCUACAAGAACCCCUCCCCCGAAUAACAUGGAGCAGAGAGUUAUGCAUUGCCUGUCCGUUUUGGCAUUGA